ACGCGCAAAGCAAGAAACGACGACGCUCCACUUCUAUCAGCUGCUCAGUGCUGGAACGGUGGAUGCUUCCUCUCCGUCUCUGUACUCGUCGCUCUCUAGGACAUCUAGAUGACAAUGCUUCUGCUUCCCGACGCGGAUUGGAAGAAGUGAAAAUGAAGUGGUACUUAGUAGCUUCUCUCCUCACCGUCCUCACUAGCUCUCAGGGGAUUUUAACUACUCUAUCACAAAGCAAUGGCAAAUAUAAAUAUGAUUACGCCACCGUUCCUUUCCUUGCUGAGGUUUUCAAGCUUAUUGUAUCAAGUGUUUUUCUCUGGAGAGAGUGUAAGAAAUCACCUCCUGCGAAAAUGACGACGGAUUGGAAGAGCGUUCGUCUGUUCCCGAUUCCUUCAAUCAUUUACUUAAUCCAUAAUAAUGUCCAGUUUGCUACUCUUAUGUAUGUCGAUACGUCCACGUAUCAGAUAAUGGGCAACUUGAAGAUUGUCACUACUGGAAUCUUGUUCAGGUUGUUUCUUAAGAAGAAGCUCACUAAUUUACAAUGGAUGGCCAUUGUUUUAUUGGCUGUUGGAACAACCACAAGUCAGGUCAAAGGAUGUGGAGAGGCUUCAUGUGACUCCCUCUUUUCAGCACCAAUUCAAGGAUACAUGUUAGGAAUUUUGUCUGCUUGUCUUUCAGCAUUGGCUGGUGUUUAUACGGAGUUCUUGAUGAAGAAGAACAAUGACAGCUUAUACUGGCAGAAUGUACAGUUGUACACGUUUGGUGCAAUCUUCAAUAUGGCACGGCUUGUGUUGGAUGAUUUUAGAGGUGGAUUUGAGAAAGGACCUUGGUGGCAAAGGCUAUUUAAUGGAUACAGUGUUACAACCUGGAUGGUUGUGUUAAAUCUAGGUUCUACUGGGCUUUUGGUUUCCUGGUUAAUGAAAUAUGCUGACAAUAUAGUUAAGGUGUAUUCCACAUCGAUGGCCAUGCUAUUGACAAUGGUUCUAUCUGUGUUCCUCUUCAGUUUCAAGCCAACAGUUCAGCUUUUCUUGGGAAUCAUUGUUUGCAUGAUGUCACUACAUAUGUACUUUGCCCCUCCAAAUAUGCUUGUAGACUUGCCUUCAACAGUUAGAACAGAUCCAGAGAGUCUUGUCAACGUUCCAGUUGAUCGUAAAACAGAUUCUUGAAGAUCAGCAUCUUUUCUGAAGUAUGUAAUUCUUUUCUGAUUCUUCUGUAAACGGAAUUAAAUUUAUUAAUGGUUCAUCUCUUGCCAAGUGAAAUUCAUCAAGUAGGUAUUUAAUUAGUAAGAUGCUUACAGCUGAAUAUUUGACACGAAACGGAUUACUACUAACAAAGUCAAGUAGCGGUUUGAUGACUUGGUCAUUUACUCAUUUGGAUUUUGAUAAAAACUUGUUUCUAGUACAUUCAUUCAAAUGAAGAUUAAUUCUCUUUGUUUAA